ACUUCUCACGAUGGUCGGGAAAUGUCCGAGCGAAGGGUUCACGACGAUGCGGCGGAACCACCGAGUACUUGCCUUAUUUAGCUGUCUCCACAACCCCGCAUCGUGUAUAAAACCCCGCCAUCAACAAGCCAAGUAGACAGUAACAAGCGCAAUAACCCCCCGAGCCAGUCAAACACAUACGGAUAAUAUUCACACACAUAUCAAAAUGGCUUCAAGACCGACUCACACCCGAACCGCCUCGACAAACCUGGCUGGUGGCUCAGGCCAGCGCGUGCUAGAGGGAAGAAAUGCCAUCAUCACCGGAGCAUCUCGAGGAAUCGGCGUCGAAAUCGCCCGCAACCUCGCCAGCAAAGGCUGCAACGUCGUCAUAAACUAUACCUCCGAUUCGUCGUCGAAGACCGCCGAAGACCUCGCCUCCGAACUCUCCGCCGAAUAUGGCAUCAAAGCCAUCAGCGUGCAAGCAAGCAUGGGAUCCGAAAACGGCCCCGCCCACCUCGUCGAAGUGACCAAGAACAACUUCCAGCACCCCAAGACGGGCAAGUUCCAACUCGACAUCAUCAUCAACAACGCGGGUGUCGCAGGAAACAACUAUGUCGAGAACGUCGACUGUGAGGACUUUGCUAGGCAGUUCAAUAUUAAUGUACGGGGGCCGUUGCUUUUGGUUAAGGCUGCAACUCAGUACCUGCCGAAUGAUCGAUCUGGACGUAUCGUCAAUCUCUCGUCUGUUAGUUCGUCGCUGGGAUACAAGGGUCAGUCUAUCUAUGGUGGCACAAAGGCAGCGCUGGAGAGCAUGACAAGGACGUGGUCGCGCGAACUGGCCGAACGCUGUACGGUCAAUGCGAUCAACCCCGGUCCUGUUGCUACGGACAUGUACUGGAGUAACGACGACGCGUUCAUUGCGCAGAACAAGCCGUUUAUUGAGAACACGCCUCUUGCAGCGCCGAGGAAGGGGAUUGAUCCGGAGAGGAUCUACGAGGCGUCGCAGAAUGCGGGUGGAAGACCGGGUUACAGCGAGGAGAUUGGUGGGGUGGUGGGGAUGCUGUGUUUGCCUGAGGCGGGGUGGACCACGGGUAGUGUUAUUUGCGCGAAUGGGGGUAUGAAGUUCAGCUUUUAGACAUCGGCAGGGAUACGAAGACACGAAUGAGAACAACAAGAAUAUGAUAUCAACAAGAGAGGUUUCUUUACGUGGUGUCUACCCUACCGUACACAAGUAACAUUCUGCCUCACAUCUCCCUUCCCACCUUUCCAAACCUCGCUCUCAAUAACUACACUUGAC